AUUGACAGAACAUUCUCUCUCACUGUCACACUGAUGGACAGCCAUAAAUGAUGAAAUCUCCCUUUUGUGCACUCCCAUCAUUCGUAAAUAAAAUAAAGCAAACGUGAACUCAAGAUACCAGUUGCCAAAUUAAACAACCGAGGACAGUCUCACAAAAUAUUUUCACUGACACUGCCAGUUUAAAACAGGAUCCUUUGGAGAAACACCUCAUUGCCACACCAUGAUUCCCAUUCGUCAGAUAUUUAGCCUUGUCGUCAUAAUUGGAGCUAGUGUUCUGCUGUAUGUAAGUUGGCAUAUGAAAAUACAACAACAUUUUCAAAAGAACAUGGUAAGAAUGUCACAAGUGGAAGAUGAAGCUCCCAUGGAUGGUCCUCGUCCACACCUGGACCCUGGGAUUAUGUUUGUGGAAACAACAGACAAGGUGGAGCUGAAGCCAUUGGUGAUGUGCUCAGUGGAGUCUACUGCUCGUCAAAACCCAGAUAAACCAAUCUAUUUCUUCAUGAAGGGGUUCAGUGGCAACUUGAGCCAAUAUCCAGAGCCUAAGUACAGACUCAUCCCGUUGCUCUCCUCAAUGAAGAAUGUUGUUCUUCUACCUUUAAAUGCUAACGAACUGUUUGAUGAUACUUCAUUGAAAUUCUGGUAUCAAAAGGUAAAUCCAGAAAAGGAGAGGUUUUGGACCCAUGUGUUUGCUGAUGGCUGCAGGUUAGCACUGCUGUGGAAAUAUGGGGGCAUCUACCUGGAUACUGAUAUUAUAUCAAUGAAGCCAAUGCCGUUUACUAACUUUACAUGCCCUCAGAGUGCUGGAACUGUCAGUAAUGGGGCAUUAGGUUUCUCACAUAGGCAUCAUCCUGUUUUAUGGAAUUGCAUCGAAGAUUUUGUGGCCAAUUACAUUGGACAUAUUUGGGGUCAUCAAGGCCCUGGACUGCUUACCCGUGUGCUGAAGAGAUGGUGUCAGACGGAUAUUCUAGCUCCCUUCAUUGGCAAAGAAUGCAACGGCAUCUCUUUAUGGAUCCGAGAUCGGUUCUACCCAAUCCCAUAUCCAUCUUGGAAGAAGUACUAUACUCCUUGGAAAAAGAAGGAUAUAGAACGGACCUUCUCAGCAACGUAUGGAGCACAUGUCUGGAAUUUUAUGAAUUCCAACAAAAAGAAAAUAAUUGUUGGAAGUGGAUCAUUAAUUGAACAUUUUUCUCAGUUGUAUUGUCCAACUACAUACAGAAAUGUAAUUCAGUUGAAUCAUAGUUCAUGGUGAUUUAUGUCCUGAUGUCCUUGUUUUUAGUAUGUUUAAAAGUGUGUUUUAGUGUUUACUAGACCAAGUGCAGACCCGUUGGGUCUGUUUCCCC